AUGUCGACGCUUCUAAUUCAAAUUGAUGAAACAUUGAUGUUUUUGGGCAUUCCUGAAGAAGAAAGCCCUCGAAUACGGCAUUUGCACAAUAGCAAUAACAUUGCUAAAAAUCUUGCAGACCAGUUGAUGUAUUCAAUUAUACGUCUUUGUUCCACACUGCCCGGAAUAGUAUUGCAAAAUACUUGUGUCGUUUUAGUCGUUGAUCUUUUCUUGAGCAAGAAGGAGAGAGAAUCUAUUUGCGAAGUAUUAUUCUUAAACCUAAAAGUGAAAGCAAUACUGUGGAUGUAUUCAACUCUUACAAUGACAUUGAGUGCCGAAUCCAAAGAUGCACUUAUCAUUGACAUAGGGUGGUACGAAACGAAAAUCAUCCCCAUUGCCGAUUUAAAAAUCCUUAGCAACUUAAUCCGUAUAUCUGACAAAAGUACUAUGUCAGUGAUGAAGCACAUGCACAAUUGCUUAGCAGCAGUUCGUGCAGCCCCGAAUCCGACAAAUGCUUCUCAGCGUGAACUAGUACCUUUCUCGUUCCAAGGCCUUCUUUCAUCUCUUCUUAACUCUACAGUUUAUCCUUAUGCAGACCAAGAUGUUCCUUGCGCAAUGAAUGCCGAAGAAAUCGUCCGUAUUUUUCAUAAUUCCCCGAGGAGCUUAAUGACCUUCGCUCCGAAGCCGUCUCAUCAUGCUUAUCAAGAGGAACUUCUCUUCUUUGAUAACUGCAAAAAUGACCAAAUUAAAUUACCACUUUGGAUACCGGCUGCUUGCUUAGAAUCACUUUUCCAUGGUACAGAUUCUAUGCAUUUAGACCUUGUAGAACAAGCCUUACCAAAUCUUCUGCAACAGGUCAUUCAAUCUCUUCCCCUUGAUCUGAAAAGGCCUUUAGCAAGCAAAGUUUUACUCGCAGGACCUUUAGCUUCUAUUCCGGGUAUGCUAGAGCGUUGGAGGCAUGAGAUGAUUGCUCGAGGGAUCACUAUCCAAUGCCUUCAAUCACAUAUUCAAACCCCGUUUCCUGCCUGGUAUGGAGCCACUAUUUCCUGCAAAUCGCAAAUGGGGGAUAUCAAUGAAAACAAUUCUUCAGCCUCUGUUGAAUGUGCCAAUCAAAAAUUCCCUCCGUCUCCUAUGCUCUUCUCCAAUUCCCAGUAUUCCCAUGGAUUACCCUUACCGGAAUGGUGGUUUCCCCAAACUUAA